GUCAUAUGUGGUGGACGGAAGUUGGCGCACACCGUCACGCGACCUUCUGUCUGAAAGAACUAAAUAUGCGAGGAGAAAUUAGUGCAUUUAUUUACUUUAUUUAGCCCCAUCAUGUUUCGUGGCACGUUGGCGAUAUGUGGAAGAACUGUUGUUAAAAGAUUCAUCUCUUCUGUCUCUGGAGAGAGCGCACUUCCAUCAAAUCUGCGACUUCCUUCUAAUCUCAUCGGAGUCCCGCGAGAAAAAAGGCCUCCUCCAUCCGGCUCUGAACACCCUUUGCUGCGCAGAUGUGAGGCUGACAUUCCAGCUCACCUGGCACCGUCUCAGACAUGGCUUCAUUCUUUAAACAGUUGUGACGGUGAACCCCUUGGUGUGGUUGACCUCCACCCUGAUGUCUUCUCCGUACCUGUCAGGUUGGAUAUUCUUCAUGCUGUUGAGGUCUGGCAACGAAAUUUCAAAAGAAUAAGCCAUGCAAAGGUCAAGUCUAGAGCUGAGGUCAGUGGUGGCGGCAGAAAACCAUGGAAACAGAAAGGAAGUGGUCGGGCACGCCAAGGAAGCAUUCGUGCUCCACAUUGGAGGGGAGGAGGAGUAGCCCAUGGUCCACGUGGACCAACCAGCUAUUAUUACAUGCUACCGAUGAAAGUGCGAGUUCAAGGUUUGAAAAUUGCCCUGACUUCCAAGCUGGCACAGGAUUACCUUCAUAUUGUGGACUCGUUGGAGAUUCCCACUCCGGACCCUGCCUACCUACUGGAUCUGAUCAAAAACAGACAGCUGGGGGAAUCUGUUCUCAUUGUCGAUGUAGGUGAUGAAUUUCCUCAGAACGUUCUUAAAGCCACUGAAAAUUUGAAGACAGUGAAUGUCAUUCCAGCCAUAGGUCUAAACGUCCACAGCAUCCUAAAACACGAGAGUCUUGUUCUCACACUGGAGACUGUCAAAUUUCUAGAAAAUAAGCUUCUUUGGCAUGAUGUGCGUUACUCUCCCCUCUAUCCUUUUAAACUGCCCUACAGUGACCUGCCGUAAACAAAACACAGACCUUUUUCAAAUGUAUUAAAAAUGUUUAUUUCAUUGAAACAAUG